AUGUUCUGACACACAGCAGCAAUUGAAUUUAGCGAGCGCACCAUAAUGCCUUUGUUUCCUUUGCUGAAAUUCUUCUCAAAAAUGAAGUCGUCAGCUUUGGACUUUGGGAUUAGGCUGCCCACAGCGCGAGAGAAAUUUGCUUCCUACGCAUGCGCAGAAUGACACCCCCCCAUGAGGGGAAGGAACUAAACAAAAUCCCCAGACAUACCUCUUUCGCUCAUCCCCACAACGGGGCUGCGCGCGCUUUUGCCGUUGAAAAGAGGCGGGUCGGACUCGUGCAGUUCUUUUGAGGCAAUCUCCCCGCUCCCUCCGGAUCAUACCGUAGUGCUUUGCACGUUCUACUCCGCUUGUAAUGCCGCGGGGGCGAAAAAGGCCUAACUCUAGCGGCGGGGCCCGGGGGCAGGCGGUGUUAAGCAAGUUCUUCCAUCCGGUGGGAUCCCUGCAGGCAACCACUUUCGCCUCGGGUUCUACUGCCCUCCGUUUCGCCGAGGAUAGAAGCGAGGGCUGUACAGCGGCUCCAGUGGUUGCUCCGCACACGGUCAAUGCCGCUAAUUGCUGGGAGCGGGGGGACCAGAGAAGACAUUCACAGAAGGAUCAUGAACCAGAUGGGAAAAAGAGAAAAGUUGUAAAAAAUAAAGAACAUGCUGACAAAUAUUCAACAUCUCUGCAGAGCAGAAGAAGUGAAGAAGGCAGUGCCUUGACUACACUGAACACUGGAGAGCCAAAGAAAUACACCCAUCCCCAAAUAUGUUCAAAGACAUUGGAUAAGUUGCGAGAGUUCUCUUGCCAUUUGGAGCAUCCAAAUAAUAGAAUUCACUCAGAGGCUCUUUGUGGAAUUCACUCUAUGGAUUUGAAAAAAUGCCAGAAUUCUAUGGUUCAAAACAGUGAAACAAGUGGCAGUCAACAUUCUCAGGAUGUUAACAAGGCAAAAAUGUGCCUUGGUGUAAGCCAAAUUUCUGCCAUGAAUGCAACUCUGGAAAACACUCAAAAUACUGCUCAUAUACCUCUAAAUAAAAGAAACAAAAGUGUGUAUACACCACUUGAGCUCCAGUUCCUAGAAAUGAAAAAUCAGUAUAAGGAUGCUAUUUUGUGUGUUGAAUGUGGUUACAAGUACAGAUUUUUUGGAGAAGAUGCAGAGAUUGCUGCUAAGGAGUUGAACAUCUUCUGUCAUAAAAAUCACAACUUUAUGACUGCCAGCAUACCAACUCACAGACUAUUUGUUCAUAUCCGACGUCUUGUAGCAAAGGGUUAUAAGGUAGGAGUUGUAAAACAAAUGGAAACUGCUGCUUUGAAGGCUGUGGGAGAAAACAGAAGCUCUCUCUUUGCCCGAAAACUAACUGCAUUGUAUACAAAAUCUACAGUUCUAGGAGAAGAUGUAAAUCCUCUGCUGAAAUUCGAUAAUGCUAUGGAUGCUGAUGAAACACCACCUGAUGUUUGUGAUAAUUAUCUCCUCUGUGUCUCUGAAAACAAAGAGUGUUUAUGGAAUAAGAGCCAGGAAAGUGUCAUCAUAGGCAUAGUGGCCAUCCAACCUACUACAGGAGAAGUUAUCUUUGACAGUUUUCAGGAUUCAGUAGCCCGAAUAGAGUUGGAAAGUCUAAUUUUACGCCUCCAGCCUGUUGAGAUUAUUCUUCCAGAAGAUGUGUCAGUUCAAACUGAAAAGCUCAUCAGUGCUAUGACUUCUGUAAGUGUACAAGAUGACAGAAUUCGGAUCGAGAAAAUGAAAAACAAACUUUUUGAAUAUAGCAAUGCUUUCCAACUGAUUACAGACUUCUAUGGCAGUCGAGUUCUUGAUGGCACAGGCUCUCAAGCAUUGUCUGUGAUUUUAAACUUGGAUAAGCCAGUAUUAUGCUCCUUGGCUGCUGUAAUCAUGUAUCUUAAAGAAUUUAAUUUAGAAAAGAUCCUCUACAACCCCAGUAAUUUUAAGAAGUUAUCAAGUGAAGCUGAAUAUAUGAUGCUUAAUGGGUCUACGGUAAAGAACCUUGAAAUCUUACAAAAUCAAACCAAUAAGAAAACAAAAGGCAGCUUGUUUGGGGUCUUGGAUCAUACAAAAACUUCAUUUGGGCGACGAAGGCUAAAGAAAUGGGUGAUACAGCCUCUCUUGAAAUCCAGUGAAAUUAAUUCCCGACUUGAUGCGGUGUCUGAGGUUCUCCUAUCAGAAGCGAGUAUCUUUAGUCAAAUAAAGAAUCUUCUAUAUAAGAUGCCAGAUGUUGAGAGAGGAAUCUGUAGUAUUUAUCACAAAAAGUGUUCUGUUCAAGAGUUCUAUCUGGUGGUCAGCACACUCUCUCAGUUGGAAACAGCAGUCACAACACUGGUUCCAGCUAUACGAACUCAGGUGCAAGCAUCCUUAUUACAGAAGAGCCUCUUGGAAAUUCCUGAAUUGCUUUGUUCAACAAAAAAGUAUUUAAGCAUGCUUAAUGAAGCAGCGGCAAAAACUGGAGACAAAACUGAACUGUUUAAGGAUCUUGAAGAAUUUCCUUUAAUAAGGAAGAGGAAGGAUGAGAUUCAGGCAGUGCUCCAUCAGAUCCAAUUACACCUUCAGGAUAUACGAAGAAUGCUAAAUUGUUCCUCUAAGGAUUAUGUAACAGUGUCAGGACAAGAGUUUCAGAUUGAAGUCAAGCACUCGCUUAUAUCUUCCAUACCACUUGAUUGGAUUAAAGUCAGCAGCACAAAGGCCGUCAGCCGUUUCCACACUCCUUUUAUUGUAGAAAAUUACAGGCGUUUGAAUCAGCUACGUGAGCAGCUAGUCCUUGACUGCAAAGCUGAAUGGCUACGCUUUUUAGAUCAUUUUAGUGACCAUUACAACUCAGUCUCUAAAGCUGUGGGUCACCUAGCAACUGUGGACUGUAUCUUUUCCUUGGCUGAAGUUGCCAAACAAGGAGACUAUUGCAGACCCGUCAUAAAAGAUGGAAGGUCAGAGAUAGUGAUAAAAAAUGGGAAGCACCCCGUGAUUGAUGUGUUAUUGGGAGAGCAAGAGCAGUAUGUUCCAAAUGACACACAUUUAUCGGAAGAUGGUCAAACGGUUAUGAUAAUUACUGGACCUAACAUGGGUGGAAAGAGCUCUUAUAUAAAGCAAGUUGCAUUGAUCACUGUCAUGGCACAAAUUGGUUCUUAUGUACCAGCAAAGGAAGCAAGAGUUGGUAUUGUGACUGGUAUAUUCACCAGAAUGGGAGCCACAGACAAUAUAUUCAAAGAUUGUAGCUCAUUUAUGGAAGAACUGACAGAUACAGCUGAUAUAAUUAGAAAAGCAACUUCCAGUUCAUUAGUAAUUUUGGAUGAACUGGGGAGAGGAACUAGCACACAUGAUGGAAUUGCAAUUGCAUAUGCUACUCUGGAACAUUGUAUAAGAGAUGUGGGUUCAUUGAUGCUGUUUGUCACCCAUUAUCCUCCAGUAUGUGAAUUAGAGAGGGCCUACCCAAGACAAGUUGGAAACUACCACAUGGCUUUUCUGGUGAAUGAAGAUGAUAGCGAACAACUAAAGGGAUCUGAAGAUGAAGAAAAUCUUGAAUUUGUCACUUUUCUUUAUCAAAUAACAAGGGGAGUUGCUGGAAGGAGUUAUGGGCUAAAUGUUGCCAAACUAGCUGAUGUUCCUGAUGAAAUUCUGAAAAAGGCAGCUAACAAAUCAAAAGAGUUAGAAAGAUUAGCAAAUAUGAAAAGAAAAAGACUGAUGACUUUUGCUAAACUAUGGAAUACUAACGAUCCUGGAGAACUGCAAAGAUGGAAAAGUGUGUGUGAAACAGAUAAUGAUUUGAGCCAACUUUAAAAAUUCCUUAAAGCCAGCCAACAGAAAAUGGAAAUAGCACAGAAGAUUUAAACUAAUUCAUUAUACAAAGACAUAUAUUAAUAUAAAGUGAAAUGUCAAAUCACUGGUGGAUUUUAAGUGGCUAAUAGCAUGUUCAUAUGGUCAUUUUUGUCAUUUCAUUCAGGCGAAAUGUCUCCAGCUCAUGGAGCAGCAUACUAUGGGCCAAACAAGUUAAAGAUAUCAGGAGAUCCAUGAUUAGAAUUUCUUCAGAGUGUUUUUUAAGCAGGCUCAAGAAGUAGGGUCUUAACCACUGCCGCUGCCACCACCGCUACCACUUUCCCAAUCAAAAUUGCCCCCCCGAUAGUAUUUUCCCAAUGCAGAAAAACAUACAAGUAACCACAUAGUACCUGUAUGUUUUCUCCCAUACGGUAAAUAACAACAUCAGGCUGGAAUUCAGUUUUGAAAAAAACCAGGGGAAAGGUGUUUUUAAGCUUCAUUCUCCCAGUACUGUGGCCUGAUUCAGUUAGGUAGAUGCCUGUAGUUGAUUUUAACUUUAAAAUGAAGAAACAAAACCCAUGGAAGAUCAGUUCAUGGAUCUCCUGUCAUCUUGCCUACAUUGGCCUCAUGUAAACUAGUGUAACUAUUGUAACUGUGGAAACCACUACAGAAUGAACUUUUCACAUGGUGCCUUGAUAUAAUCCUGGGCACAUACAAGGGAAAUCAUGUGAAAAUAAAUGUGUAGCAGAAAUAGGCCCAGGUGAAUUAGUUCAUUGAUUUAAAUGCAGUAGACAUUGUGUAAGCUCUGAUGGCUUCAUUUCCCCCCCCCACACACACAUUGCUUCCUGUUUGGUAGAUUUAUUCACUCAGAGUAAAGGCAUUUUAUUACAUUUGCCAAUAUUAUGUUUCCCGAAGGCAAAUGUUAUCGACUUCAUCUCCAAACUGUACUUCAUUUAAAAUACUAGGAUAUACUUUUUACUGGUUGAUGAUGUUAACUGUAAUUACUGAUGGAAAACAUCAAAAUCUUAUUUAUAAAUUAUAGGAAAACACUUUUGUAUUAAAUAAAAUAAUGCCUUCAAAAUAAUAAA